CCCUUCCGCGCGAUUAAACUGUACUUUGUACAAACUUUUUUGCUACCAACUGACCGAGAAGCACCACGUAACUAGGCUAGGGGUUAAAAUAAAUAUAAAAUACAUUCAUUUGAUAAAUAGAACGGAUUUCACAUGCCGAGGAAGAGGGUUGUCAAACAGCAUGGUGCAUCCUCCGCAGCUAGCAAAGUUCAGAGGUCUGCCAGGGUCCAGAAGGAUGAAGCACCGUCCCGAUGGUGGCUGAAAAGAGGCUUAUUGGCCCUUUUUGUUAUCUUCAUAUUGGUGCCCUUCUUGCAGAGGACACUCCCAGAAUUAAUCCAGCACCUUGUUUACACUCACAGAAUCAGGGUGCCAUUCUUUAUUGACCUGAGCCGACCCUCUGAUCUCUCCCUUAAUCACACCGUCAACAUGUACUUAACAUCAGAGGAAGGAAUCUCUCUUGGCGUGUGGCACACUGUCCCUGAAAGUAAAUGGAAGGAGGCACAGGGGAAGGACUUGGCUUGGUACCAGAACACUUUAAGGGAUGGAAGUCCAGUUUUUAUAUAUCUUCACGGCAACACGGGCACAAGGGCAGCCGCGCAUCGGAUUGGAGUGGCAAAAGUAUUGAGUGCACUUGGUUACCACGUGCUGGUGCCUGACUACAGAGGGUUUGGAGAUUCCACCGGGGAGCCGACUGAGGCUGGUGUGACCACGGAUGCCCUUUACGUGUACAACUGGGUGAAAGAACGCAGUGGAAACAGCCUGGUCGUCAUCUGGGGACACUCUCUUGGCACCGGAGUGGCCACUAGUGCUGCAGUCAAAUUGCUUGAGCAAGGGAAGAGUUUUGAUGGCGUGAUUCUGGAGGGUGCAUUCAACUCUAAGGGAAAGGAGAUGCCAGCUUUUACCUGGUAUUACUGGGGGCUUCCAGGAUCUGGGUACCUUUUCCCAGAUCCAGGGGAAGAAAACAAGGCUAUCUUUCCUUCUGAAGAAAAUUUGAAGAAAAUGACAUGCCCGAUCCUUUUCCUUCAUUCAGAGGACGAUCACUUGGUUCCUUUUGAGAUUGUUCAGGAGAUGUAUGAGGUAGCAGUGAGUGCCCAGAAUGCAGAGCGGGUCAAGAUGGUGCCAUUUGACGGUUCUCUGGGGUAUCUGCACAACGGCUUAUAUAGAGACCCACAUCUGCCUGACAUCAUACAGAAGUUUGUGCUGUCGCUGUAAUGUUGGAGCAGAAGACUUCAGACACACACCACUGGUUUCCUCUUGAUCACACCCUACAUUCCAAUCGUUUGCUUCUGUCUUUAUGACUGAAUGCUGCACAAAUAUGUAAUUUUUUUUACAAAUCAGAUUUGUAUUUAUUUGUUUUUUAUGAAUAAAUGCAAACAUUUUCCUGGCAAUCAUAAACAAAUACUGUGAUUUGGAUGAGCUAUUGUGGCAGAAUCUGCCCUCUGCUGGGCAUUGUGGUGUGGUGAUAAUGCUCAUCUAUAAUACCCGAUAAUGAGUUUGGUAAUCCAAGGCUCAAGAUGUCUAUGUUUUUAUUUCAGAACAAUACAUGGAGAGCAGCUGCAGGGAAAUGUCAGAAAUAAGUUGUGAAUGUCUUUCAGUUCCACCACAGGGUAUUAAGUGCAUUCCUAUCAGUUGAAAGAACCUCAGUUUAAAUGUCUUUGCCUUCAAAUUAUAAUAAAUCUUUAUGACUGCUGACGCCAA